CUCAUGAUUUAAUUCUCAGAAUGAGACAAGUUACAAUUCAUUAACUUAUGAGAACCCUUUCGAAUAAACAAAUUGUCCAAAUCAUAAUUAUCUUCUCUGGCACUUUGAUAGCUAAGUUUUUCAAGAUAUCCUUGCGGAAUGGUAUGCCAUAAGAAGGCAAUUGCCCUAUAUAAGUUCCAAGGGUAACCCUGCUCUCCAUGUGUAUGGUCAUUAAUUCUAAUGGCUGCCAUAAGACCCAAGGGCGUUCUGAUCUUCAUCUUGGUGUCUUGGGCGUCUCAAGCCAUGUCUUGUGCUCUUCAAGAUGAACCAAUGUACAAGAGGCAUGAACGAUGGAUGGCCCGGUAGGGUCGGGUUUACAAGGACGACUACGAGAAGGAAAAACGUUUCAAGGUUUUCAAAGAAAACGUGGCGCGUAUCGACUCUUUCAAUACCGCCAAUGGCAAACCUUACAAGCUUGGCGUCAAUCAAUUCGCAGAUCUUACAAACCAAGAGUUCACAGCCUCUCGGAAUAGAUUCAAAGGCCACAUGUGUUCCAACACAGCUACUUCCUUCAAGUAUGAAAACGUCACUGCAGUACCAUCUACCAUGGAUUGGAGAAAGAAAGGAGCCGUAACACCUAUCAAGGACCAAGGCCAAUGUGGUAAGGUAAGUUAACUAAUUUCUAAUACAAAACAGUGAAAGCUAAAUGAAUUCUCAGUACUCUUCAUCUAAUGUCAAUAUAUAGGAUGUUGAUGGGCAUUUUCUGCUGUAGCUGCAAUGGAAGGGAUCACCAAGCUGACAAACGGUAAGCUAAUCUCCCUCUCUGAACAGGAGCUGGUCGACUGUGAUACCAAGGGUGAAGAUCAAGGCUGUCAAGGUGGUUUGAUGGAUGUCGCAUUUGAGUUCAUCGAAAAAAAAUCAGGCCUAACUACUGAAGCUAUAUACCCCUACAAGGGAGUAGAUGGGACCUGCAAUACCAACAAAGAAGCAAACCAUGCAGCCAAGAUAAAUGGACAAUAAGAUGUGCCAGCAAACAGUGAGGCAGCAUUACUGAAGGCUGUCGCCGAUCAACCAGUGUCUGUUGCUAUUGAUGCUGGGGGUUUUGAAUUCCAGUUUUACUCGGGUGGCAUUUUUACAGGAGCUUGUGAUACUCAGCCAGACCAUGGUGUUACUGCAAUUGGUUAUGGAGUUGGAGAUGAUGGAACUAAGUAUUGGCUGGUGAAAAACUCUUGGGGCACAAGCUUGGGCGAAAAAGGGUACAUUAGGAUGCAGAGAGAUGUUGAUGCAAAGGAAGGCCUCUGUGGCAUAGCAAUGCAAGCUUCUUAUCCAACUGCAUAAAGAGCAAUUUGAUACACAAAAUCCGCUAUUAUGAAUGCAAUACACUAUCCCUUCUACUUUUUAAUUUGCAUCAGGCUCUAGCAAGACUCUAUGCUGGCCACAUACCAAAACAAGUCUAGAAACUAUUGUUGUUGUAAUUUAUAUAAACUUAUACAGAUACUGAGAUACCAUCAAGAAUUUCCUAAUUUAUUGGAAUUCUCUGCUAUGCAAUUGACCGCACCAAUGGCUUCCUUUAAAGUUUACAUGCUAUUCAAAGAAACUGACGUUUACUAUAUUAAAAAUAUAAGAAUAUCUGAACCUGCACUGCAAGGUGAAGCAAUUCUCAAUUUAAAAAUCCUUUUGAACAAGUGAAGUUGCUAAUGAGUAUGAAAAUAUACUAAAAGAGUGAGAAUAGUUAUCAAAAAAGAUUGGAAUCUAGAAAGUGACAAUUUUGAGUAACAUUCGACCUGUGUUUGUCUUCUUAUGGUAAAAGAUUAAUAUCGAUGUGGUAUAUAUGUAUCUCAAUGUAGAAAGAGGCUGACUCCAAUAUAUAAAGUAACAGACUCAAAAGUGCAGAUUGCUAGCUCUAGAAUUCUACUCACCAAUUCAUAGAUAUUUGAAUUCAAAUGAACCCCUAAGAAGAAGAUAAACAAGAAGCAAAAAGGCAACAAAAUCUCAGAGGAACUAAAGGCACAAUUAGUUAAAGUGUUCCAGGGUCCUUUCUGAGUUGCUUAAGCAGAGCAAUUGGUUAAUUCCCUGGACUGGAGUCAAGUACCUUUUCCAAUUUUGACAGAAGCAUUAUUUCCCAAAAGCAUGCAUAACAUACUAAGGAAAUCUCUAGAAUUAUCUAUUAUCCUGAGACGGAUGGAGAUAUUUCUUUCCCUCGAUAAGUGAGAGGGAUGGAGAUCAAGGUCAUUCACUCAUCUCUCAGGCCAAAUGGGCACUGCAAAUACUUCUUUAAAUGCAAAUUGAAAGACAUCUAGAUUGUUUUCCAUU